AACCACUGGACCGCCAGGGAAGUCCCCAGAUGUGCUUAGACUGGGAGUGUUCCAUGGGGCUUGGUGGAUCCAGGGGUCAAGGAAGCUUUUCUGAAAGCCCACUGCAUGCCAGGGGAUCCGGAGCUGCCUGCAGCAGAGAUCUGUCCAGGCUGAAGGGUCAUGCCCAUGAGCAGACAGUGGCACAGCGUGACAAGGGCCCCUGUGGUCACAUGGGGGUGAAGCAGAUUCUAGAAGGAGGUGAUGGCGCCAGAGUGGACUCAUGGCCCUCACCAGAAGAAGGAGUGGCUCUGGGAUUCUCUGAUGCCCAGCUCACAGCAGCUUCCCAGAGGUCACAUGUGCACCGACGUGGGCUCAUAGAACUGGCAGGGACUGUGCACUGUGCUGGCAUCCGCACCGCCAUGGCCUACAUGAACUACGGCUGCUAUUGUGGCCUGGGUGGCCAUGGCCAGCCCAGGGAUGCCACUGACUGGUGCUGUCAUUCCCACGACUGCUGCUACAAACGUGCCGAGGUUGCUGGCUGCAGUCCCAAGAUGGAGCGCUAUUCCUGGCAGUGUGUCAAUCAGCACAUCCUGUGUGGACCAGUGGAGGACAAAUGCCAAGAACUCAUGUGCAAAUGUGACCAGGAGAUUGCUUACUGUUUAGCCAAAACUGAGUACAACUUAAAGUACCUCCUUUACCCCCGUUUCUUGUGUGGGAAGGAUUCGCCCAAGUGUGACUGACUAGCAUGACUUGAAAUGUCUUUUUUGCACAAGGAAAUAAAACUUCUU